AGUUCGUCAAAACCUUAAGUUUACUUGUAUAAAUAUAAAGAAAUCUUGUUAUUUCAAGACCACUACUGAUUUAAAAAAUGCCGCACAAGAAACACAACUGCGAUUUAAAUCUUGGUUCCGAUAGCAUGCUGCCCAAAAAGACCACGUUACUCGGUCGCAUGUGUCGAAGCUUGCGCAAGCUGGGGCAGCUCACCAAACACCAUCCGGAGACGUACGAAUAUUUCCGAAGCUACUCGGCUGUGGUCGCCGAACGACAGAGACAACUACUGGAGGAGGGGGGAAAUCUGUUUACAGAGUCGUACAUCGUGCAUGGUCUGGUCCGCCUGAACGUGAUGUUUGUGCUGUCUUCGCACUGGUGCAGCUGUCUCAUGUACUGCCCUGCCAUCGUCGUCUAUUACUGGACGGGAGAGAUGCCGACACAUUACAACUUCUACAUGCGCAUCCCUGGCACGAAAGACUUGAUGGGACAUGACCUGACCACUCGAUACAAUAAAGCUAUUAUAAUUGCUCUAUCCGCCUUUUUUGGUACCGGAUUUACUAUGUUCCGCUCAACAGAGCCAGAUGAAAUCUUAAUUCAUUCCGUAAUCAUUGUCUACGCCGCUAUGUUCAUGGUAUUUACGCUAGUUUACCUGAUAAAAAGUUAUCUCACAAUCUAUGGGUCUACAAUGCGGUACCAGGGACUUAUGAAUCAAGUAGAGGUGUGUCACUUAGAGGACGGUCACCAUUUUGGCGAAGUAGCGUUACUGAUGAAAGAUAGCAAGCGCAUAGCUACUGUGGUCGCCGUCGAGAUUACUCAGCUGUAUAGACUUGAUGCAGUUGACUUCAAUCGAUUCGUGUUGUCUCACCCGACAUUGUACGACCGCAUCGAGGAACUGGCGUCGCGUCGCAUGCACCAGACUGUUCUACUAGAUGACGAAUUCCGCCGAGAGAGAGAACAGCACAACCUCGCAGAACAACUCUUUAAUCUUCCUAAUGAAAAUACUGAAAACUUAAACAAAGUUUUGUAGUUCAAAAGUAAAGUAGUUGUAAAAUUGUAAAUGAAACUACUUCUAUUUGUAAUUUAAAAAUAUUUGGGUCUAUGUGAUGUAAGACUUGUAAAAGCAGCCACGAUGAUGAAGAUUCUAUUUUUAAUUAUUUCCAGGAUCUAACUUAAUUAAUAAGCAUGGUUGGCAUGGUUGGCAUGGUAGUGGGGCAACCCAUAGCCGUGUAAAAUGUAGUAAAUUUGAUUCUUUGUGAGAUCCGCACAAAUUGUUCUACUGCAUCUGGGUAUCUUGUAUACCUAUGUAAAACUUAUAUAUUCUCUCUGAUUUCUUGCUUUCUUAUAAGAAAGAAUCCAUUAUAGCAAAAAAAUGUGCAAUUUUAUUGCAUUUAUUUAUUCAGUAUUAUUUUAUAUUGUAAUUAUUUUUUACUAUUGUAAAGACCAAAGGAAUGUAUUUAAGUUUGUAAUUAAGCUAAGAAUUGUUGAUUAGCAAUAAUAAUAGGCAGGCAACAAUAAACUCUUCACAGAUAAGUAAAACACUUGUUUUCUUAAAUAUAAACUUUAUGAAUACAAACAAGUAUUAGGUUGAACAGAAUCAAUUUCGUGACACACUCUCGGAAUGCUGUACAUAGCUUACAAACUAAGUUUCUUUACAAUAUUACACGUAAAUUCCCACCCAUAGUAGUAAGAAAAGAAUCCCGAAGCCGGAAAAUAGGGAGGCGACCAGCGACAAUAACAAUUCUUUGAAUAGAUCCCUCGACACUUUAGUGCUAGUAACUUCGUAUACAAAGAACCACGCAGUGAAGAAAAUGCCGAUACCGAGGAGGAGAAGAGUAAGAUGCGGGAAAACUGCCGGGUUGAUCGGAGACGUGUAGCGCACCAUCGAUUCAAUUUCCAGCUGAAAAAGCAAUGAACAUUCUCACUAUGAAUCAAAAUGUAACUAAACAAUAUAAGAUUUUUUCCAAUAAGUAUGUACUCACACUCAUUUUGAGGUAUUUUUCUUAACUUUAAAUAAGAAUUACACGACACGAUGCUAAACACUGUCAUCAAAGGGAUACGUCAGUCAA